ACCACUCUGUGACCACAUCUGGAUCUGAAUUCACCUGGUGUUUCUCUGCUAUGGAUCAGAGUGAGGACAGAGAGGAGGGAGUCCCUCCCUCUAAAAGCUCUCUGUGUGGGGAACAUGACAGCCAGACCAAAAAGCAGCACAGACCAGACUCUGAUGGACCUGGACCUGAACUCACCUGUGAGUCCAUGAAGAGUGACUUGUCUCUGGACGAGAUUAUUUUCUUUAAACGUGAACAUCGGUCUGCUGAUCAGAGGAUCCAUCAGCAGAGACCAGAUUCUCCUGAAUCUGGCUGUGUGUCCAUGAAGAGUGACUGGUCUAUGACUAAACCGAUUCACUUCAAACAUGAACAUCAGUCUGCUGAUCAGAGGAUCCAUCAGCAGAGACCAGAUUCUCCUGAAUCUGGCUGUGUGUCCAUGAAGAGUGACUGGUCUAUGACUAAACCGAUUCACUUCAAACAUGAACAUCAGUCUGCUGAUCAGAGGUCAGAAUAUAAAAUGUUUCAUCAGCAGAGCUCAGAGGUUCUCAGUGGUCAGUCUGUCCAGCAGCAUCAAACACAGCUGGACUCCAUAUUUAUGCUGCUGGAGGAGAACAUCAGCAGGUUUGUGAAGAACGAGCUGAAGAAGAUGCAAAAGGCUCUGAGUCCAGAUUACCCGGGAUGCUUAGAGAGUCAGAGUGAGGAUGAGGAGGUGUUGGACGGUGAGGAGGAAGAGCAGAAGAGGAGCAGCAGAGAGGCAUUUCUGAAGAUCACACUGCACUUCCUGAGGAGAAUGAAGCAGGAGGAGCUGGCUGAGCGUCUGCAGAGCAGAACUCGUGCUGGCAGGUGUCGAUAUAAACUCAAGUCUAACCUGCAGAAGAAGUUCCAGUGUCUGUUUGAGGGGAUCGCUAAAGCAGGAAACCCAACCCUUCUGAAUCAGAUCUACACACCGCUCUAUAUCACAGAGGGAGGGACUGCAGAGGUCAAUGAUGAACAUGAGAUCAGACAGAUUGAAACAGCAUCCAGGAAACCAGUCAGACCAGAAACAACAAUCAGACAAGAAGAUAUCUUUAAAGCCUCACCUGGAAGAGAUCAACCAAUCAGAACAGUGAUGACAAAGGGAGUGGCUGGCAUUGGGAAAACAGUCUUAACACAGAAGUUCACUCUGGACUGGGCUGAAGAAAAAGCAAACCAGGACAUACACUUCACAUUUCCAUUCACUUUCAGAGAGCUGAAUGUGCUGAAAGAGAAAAAGUACAGCUUGGUGGAACUUGUUCAUCACUUCUUUACUGAAACCAAAGAAGCAGGAAUCUGCAGGUUUGAAGAGUUCCAGGUUGUGUUCAUCUUUGACGGUCUGGAUGAGUGUCGACUUCCUCUGGACUUCCACAACAAUGAGAUCCUGACUGAUGUUACAGAGUCCACCUCAGUGGAUGUGCUGCUGACAAACCUCAUCAGGGGGAAACUGCUUCCCUCUGCUCGCCUCUGGAUAACCACACGACCUGCAGCAGCCAAUCAGAUCCCUCCUGAGUGUGUCGGCAUGGUGACAGAGGUCAGAGGGUUCACUGACCCACAGAAGGAGGAGUACUUCAGGAAGAGAUUCAGAGAUGAGGAGCAGGCCAGCACUAUCUUCUCCCACAUCAAGACAUCACGAAGCCUCCACAUCAUGUGCCACAUCCCAGUCUUCUGCUGGAUCACUGUUACAGUUCUGGAGGAUGUGUUGAAAAGCAGAGAGGGAGGAGAGCUGCCCAAGACCCUGACUGAGAUGUACAUCCACUUCGUGGUGGCUCAGUCCAAAGUGAAGGAGGUCAAGUAUCAUGGAAAAGCUGGGACAGAUCCACAUUGGAGUCCAGAGACCAGGAAGAUGAUUAAGUCACUGGGAAAACUGGCUUUUGAGCAGCUGCAGAAAGGCAACCUGAUCUUCUAUGAAUCAGACCUGACAGAGUGUGGCAUUGAUAUCAGAGCAGCCUCAGUGUACUCAGGAGUGUUCACACAGGUGUUUAAAGAGGAGAGAGGGCUGUACCAGGACAAGGUGUUCUGCUUCGUCCAUCUGAGUGUUCAGGAGUUUCUGGCUGCUCUUCAUGUCCAUCUGACAUUCAUCAAGUCUGGAGUCAAUCUGCUGGCAGAAGAACAAACAACAUCCCAGACACAUUUCUACCAGAGUGCUGUGGACGAGGCCUUAAAGAGUCCAAAUGGACACCUGGACUUGUUCCUUCGCUUCCUCCUGGGUCUUUCACUGCAGACCAAUCAGACUCUCCUACGAGGUCUGCUGACACAGACAGGAAGUAGCUCACAGACCAAUCAGGAAACAGUCGAGUACAUCAAGAAGAAGAUCAGUGAGAAUCUGUCUGCAGAGAGAAGCAUCAAUCUGUUCCACUGUCUGAAUGAACUGAAUGAUCGUUCUCUAGUGGAGGAGAUCCAACUGUCCCUUAGAUCAGGAAGUCUCUCCACAGAUAAACUGUCUCCUGCUCAGUGGUCAGCUCUGGGCUUCAUCUUACUGUCAUCAGAAAAAGAUCUGGACGUGUUUGACCUGAAGAAAUACUCUGCUUCAGAGGAGGCUCUUCUGAGGCUGCUGCCAGUUGUCAAAGCCUCCAACAAAGCUCUACUGAGUAGCUGUAACCUCUCAGAGAGAAGCUUUGCAGCUCUGUCCUCAGUUCUCAGCUCCCAGUCCUCUAGUCUGAGAGAUCUGGACCUGAGUAACAACAACCUGCAGGAUUCAGGAGUGAAGCAGCUUUCUGCUGGACUGGAGAGUCCACACUGUACACUGGAAACUCUCAGUCUUUCAGGAUGUCUGAUCACAACAGAAGGCUGUGCUUCUCUGGCCUCAGCUCUGAGCUCCAACCCCUCCCAUCUGAGAGAGCUGGACCUGAGCUACAAUCAUCCAGGAGACUCAGGAGAGAAAUUUUUGUCUGCUGGACUGGAGGAUCCACACUGGAGACUGGACACUCUCAGGGUGGACCAUGGUGGAGAGCACAGGUUAAAACCUGGUGUGAAGAAGUAUUUCUGUGAACUCACACUGGACACAAACACAGUAAACAGAAACCUCAAACUGUCUGACAACAACAGGAAGGUGACAUGUGUGGAGGAGGAUCAGUCAUAUCCUGAUCAUCCAGACAGAUUUAACGACUGUCCUCAGCUGCUGUGUAGUAAUGGUCUGACUGGUCGCUGUUACUGGGAGGUCGAGUGGAGAGGAAGAGUUAAUGUAUCAGUGACUUACAGAGGAAUCAGAAGGAAAGGACACAGUGAAGACCGAUUGUUUGGAUAUAAUGAUCAGUCCUGGAGUCUGUACUGCUCUGUUAAUGAUGAUUAUGAUUACUCUGUCUGUCACAAUAAGACAGUAACAUACAUCUCCUCCUCGUCUUCCUCUGUCUCUGACAGAGUAGCAGUGUAUGUGGACUGUCCUGCUGGCACUCUGUCCUUCUACAGAGUCUCGUCUGACACACUGAUCCACCUCCACACCUUCUACACCACAUUCACUAAACCUCUGUAUGCUGGGUUUAGGGUCUGUCCUAGUUCCUCAGUGUCUGUGUGUCCUCUGUCUGAGUGAGAGUCUCCUCCUGUGGAGACAAACAGUCACACUGCUGACUGAAGACAGCUGCUGAAAUCACUGUUCACUCUGUUCACCAGUGAACAAUAGAAACAGGAAGUGACAGCAGCUUCCUGUGUUUAAAUGUUGAUGGUGGACGAGGUUUCACUCUGGUUUCAUUUGGAUCACUGACUGUGCUUUAAUGUCAGAAUAUAGUUUCUAUUAGAAGUAGUGAAAUGAUCUCCUCUGGACUGAAUUGAUGUGUAAAAACUGUGUUGACUCUGAUAUUCACUUGAGUAAAGUUUUCUUGGAGCAGCAUCUAGCAGCUGUUAGUGGCUGUUAGUUAUUCCAUUUUAUCAGGAUCUUAAAGUGAAGUUUUUCCUGAAAAUGUCCACCAGACAUCCCAGUCUGUUUGACAUCAGCUCAGUUUGUGUUCAAUCAUUAACAUCAACGUAUGUUUCUAUGUGAUGUCAUGUGUCUGACAUCUAACAUGUAUGGGCUGCUUUCCUUUAGUUUUUCUUGCCUCUGCAGGUGAUGUAAAUAUUGUCUUGUA